AGGGGCUUUCGUCGGCAUCCGGCGAGGAAGCCCUCCCAGUGCCGGCUAGAGCGUCGAGUGGCGGAAAACGUCGUCACAAAAGUCGUUCCAGGAGGCGGGCAAAGAGGCGCAAGGACGAUACCUCGGCUUCGACCACCUCAGGGCUCGCGGACGUGCACAUAUGGAUGGUGGGACAUUCCAUAGUCCAUUGGGCAGGCCUUCGCGCUGGCCAAACGCCAUUGGGUCCUCGACUUGGCCUUCCAUCCAACAUCCAAGUGACCUGGAUGGGCAAGAGGGGCAUGCGCUGGGGGGAGCUUCUCCCUUUGCUGCGGCGCAAAGCCCUCUUGCUCGGGUGCCCGUCCGCCCUGGUGAUCCAGCUGGGAGAAAAUGACAUCCCCGCUGUGGACCCGUUAUCUCUUCGCCUGGCUAUCCUACGAGAUUUGUUGGAGAUAAGGUCUUGGUUCCCUGAUACCGUCGUUUUUUGGUCCCAAAUGUUGCAGAGGAUGCAAUGGCGGGGUGAUAUUCCUCCUCUGGCUGGGGAAAGAGCUAGGAAGAGGGUUAACAGCGCAGCAUCCAAACGGGUGUACGAAAUCGGGGGGAGUUUGAUUCGUCAUCCCGUAAUUAAUGUUAGAGCCCCGCUUUUAUAUCGGGAUGAUGGGGUUCACUUAUCCCCUGAUGGGUAUGAUAUUUGGCUGCGUGAUGUGUCUGAGGGUUUAAAAAGUUGGUUAGGUCUCUGAGUGUUGGCGGCAAGCCAGGGCUGGCUUGAUUGGCGGUUAGGCUUUUGGUUGGUUAAUCGGUUGGUAGAGGGGGUGGCACACGGAUGCCUACCCUCACCUCCGUUUGCUCCAUAUAGAAGUAUUCCGUUAAAGGAAUCUCAGGGCUUACACUCUUGUCCUUACCAUCCCGCCAUUGGCGGGAAUGGUGGGCCCAAUUUUAAGAGCAAGAGCCUUGAGGAACAUUCUUGGUGAAGGUGAGGAGGGAAUGACUGGGCGCAGCCACCUCCUCACUCCCAGGUAUGUUUACUUGACUUCCAUGCGGAAGUCGGAGCAGGAACUGUCCAAGCGGACAGUGGUGAGUCCUGUCCUAUGGUGACAGCUGAUGUGAGUCCUGCCACGUGGGCAGAUGAGGUGAGUCCUGUCCAAUGGUGACAGCUGAUGUGAGUCCUGCCACGUGGGGCAGAUGAGGUGAGUCCUGUCCUAAGGGGACAGCUGAUUGAGUCCUGUCCUGGAUGGACAGAUGGGGAUAGUCCUUCUUUAGGAAGGACGAGUGAAUAACCAAAAGCCUAAGCCAACACUCGGAUUAAAAUUGUGUAUUUAAUAAAGUUGUGGCCCUAAAUUAUUUGCCAAAAACCAAACCAUAAUUCUGUUGUCAGUUGUGAGUUAUUUAAGGUAAUUUUCUGGGAAGCCUCGACACACAAAGCGCUUUAUAUCAUCUAAUAUAAAGCGGAUUGUGGUAGGGCUGUUAAGAAAUUUAGCUUAGGGUUUGGUUUGUGUAAGGCCACAGCUCAUGCUGAGUAAUGGGGGGCGUGUGUAUGCAAAUUCCUUGGAUCUGAUUGGUUGUUGGGGCCCCUCUUAAAGCUGCGUCCACCAUUUUCUGGUCACAUUUUUGCCUGGCGUUUGAACCCCUCCCACCCGCCCUUUCUUUCUUGCAGGUUAGCACGACAUUGCUAUUGCCUUCGGGGCCGCCUGUAUUCAGGGGUCAGUAGGAAUUUUUCCAAUUGGCUGAUUGGCUGUGCCUCUUGGUUUUCGCCUACUGCGCUAGCAAAUUGUCACAACUUGUUAGGUUGGCGGUUAGGCUUUUGGUUGGUUAAUCGGUUGGUAGAGGGGGUGGCACACGGAUGCCUACCCUCACCUCCGUUUGCUCCAUAUAGAAGUAUUCCGUUAAAGGAAUCUCAGGGCUUACACUCUUGUCCUUACCAUCCCGCCAUUGGCGGGAAUGGUGGGCCCAAUUUUAAGAGCAAGAGCCUUGAGGAACAUUCUUGGUGAAGGUGAGGAGGGAAUGACUGGGCGCAGCCACCUCCUCACUCCCAGGUAUGUUUACUUGACUUCCAUGCGGAAGUCGGAGCAGGAACUGUCCAAGCGGACAGUGGUGAGUCCUGUCCUAUGGUGACAGCUGAUGUGAGUCCUGCCACGUGGGCAGAUGAGGUGAGUCCUGUCCAAUGGUGACAGCUGAUGUGAGUCCUGCCACGUGGGGCAGAUGAGGUGAGUCCUGUCCUAAGGGGACAGCUGAUUGAGUCCUGUCCUGGAUGGACAGAUGGGGAUAGUCCUUCUUUAGGAAGGACGAGUGAAUAACCAAAAGCCUAAGCCAACACUCGGAUUAAAAUUGUGUAUUUAAUAAAGUUGUGGCCCUAAAUUAUUUGCCAAAAACCAAACCAUAAUUCUGUUGUCAGUUGUGAGUUAUUUAAGGUAAUUUUCUGGGAAUCCUCGACACACAAAGCGCUUUAUAUCAUCUAAUAUAAAGCGGAUUGUGGUAGGGCUGUUAAGAAAUUUAGCUUAGGGUUUGGUUUGUGUAAGGCCACAGCUCAUGCUGAGUAAUGGGGGGCGUGUGUAUGCAAAUUCCUUGGAUCUGAUUGGUUGUUGGGGCCCCUCUUAAAGCUGCGUCCACCAUUUUCUGGUCACAUUUUUGCCUGGCGUUUGAACUGUGUGUUUCUAUCGGUUCCUGUCUGGCAAGAGAGCGUUCCUGGAUUCCUGGAGUCUGGUUGUAUCUGGCUUAUUUAAUUUGCUGAUUUAUUCAGCUUAUUGCUUGCUUUUGAUUUUUAGCUUUCAUUUACUGCCUUAUUUAGCUCCGUUUUGAUUCUCCCCCUCCCCUCCCUCCCCACUCCCUUCCCCUACGGCUCGGCCUCGGCUGGGGGCGUUGGGAGUCCCCCCCCCCCCGCACAGGCAUCCCACUUUAUUUAAAGGGCGCACCCCCCUUUAGAUUCCUUUAAAUUCUUUAAAUUCCCCCCCCCGCUUGCCUUGGCUAGCCUGCUGUGGCUCUUGGUGGGCAAGGGGGCCUUGGUACCCUGAGGGAGCCUUGGCUCCUGGCUCCUUGCCUGGCCGUUUUCCUGCUGGGGCUGGGCUGGGCUGGGCUGGAGCCACGUGGGUGGUUAAUAGGGCUGUUGCCGGCUGAGGAGCAUUGAGGCUGCUUGCGCUCUGCUGGGGGCCUCUAAUUUGGCUUAUUGGGGGCUGUGGCGUUUGCCGCCCCCCCUGGGGUGCCUGCGGGGUGGGGGUGCAUCAUUGGGAGGGCGCCAGGCCGUUAUUGUGCCUGGUUUGCACGUUGCGUCCGCCAUUUUAAUGCUUGCAACCCCCUUUGCUAUUAAGCAGAGAGCUGCUGCUUGUGCAUUGGGGGGAGCGGUUUGAGGGGGGUUGCUGGGUCUUUAGGACCUUGGGAGGGGGUCCCCUCACUUGAUUCACCUGGGGGGCCUCUAGUUUUUGUGUCCUGUAUAGCGUUUGUUUUCUGUUUGCAUCUGUUUUAGCUGAGGAAAAAUUUUUUCCUGGCUGCAGUUUAUUUCGAGGCUUGAGUGCUUGCAGCCAGUUUCUGGGCGUUUGGCGCCAUCUACUGGCCACGAGUUGUUACUACACCUACAAAUUUAAUUGCCUUUUCCCUCAGCCUAUAUUGAAGUCCCUUGAACAGGCUUUGACUUUAUUGUGUUGCCUGACUAGCUUAUUGGGUCAUUUUAACUUAUUGGUUUCCUUUAAUUACUUGAUUUAAUUUAUAUCCUUUUAUUUAGGAAUCUUAAUUGAUUCAAUUGGAUUAUAAUUGGCUUUGACCUGCGUGGGCUUGCUUUGGUUAAGUGAAAGGAAAAAACUUUUACUCCUUGCCUUUAAUUGGAGGCCUGAGUACUGCAGCCUACUUUAGGUUCUCUAUGCCAUCGGCUGGCCUCAAGGGGGUUAUCGCACCUUGUUAGUUUUGAUACUGUUCCUUCCCAAUAGAUAGGGAAUACAUUGCUUGGCCUGCGUUUUGGGUUUCUUGCAUUGUUUAAUUGGCUUAAUUGAUGUCCAUUGUUUAAUUCAAUUUAAUUUUAAUUCACGUUAAUUUAGUUUUCACGUAUUCUGGUUAAGGAUUCUAUUUGGUUGCGUGGGUGGGAGUUUGGCUUUGGCCUGCGCAUUUCCCUCUCCCUCCCUUUUAGGGGGGGGGCCGGGGCGUGUGCCGGGGUCCGGCCUACACCAGCCUGCAAUACAAGUCUAACUGAUUUCCCUGGGGCCUUUCAGAGGCCUGGGUGUCCCCAAAUAUUUUGCAGUUAGUUUUGCAGAUUGGUUGGGAAGGCUCCAAUAUUUGAGGGGUGGGGUGACGCCGCCUAGUGGUUAAAGUGGUAAUACGCACCCCUGUGUGAUUCCACGUGUGUUUGCUUGUUAUUCCAAGUAGUUAAUAGUUCAGGAUGGCGGCCCACCCAUCCACUUCAGGGAAAUCUAAGAGGGUCAUUAAGGGCGCUUCGCAGAAGCUGCGUUCGCCAGCCUCGCAGGCAGCGGGUCGCGUGGAAGCAUUCAUCGCUAGCAUUGCUGGUGACCCACAGGCCCUGGCCCAGCUUGGAUCUGGGCUUGAUGCCUUAUUACAGAACCCGGCCUCUCAUCCUGCCGCCUCGACCUCUGCUGGUUUACCUCUGGAAGCAGGGCGGGAGGCGGCGACUACGGCCAUGCCUCCAGACCGGCAAGGCCCAGACCCUCUUUCUGCCCCCUCUACCUCUGCAGGUGUAUCCCUGGACCCUGGGCAAGCUACGGUGGCGGCGUCGCAGCCUCUGUCCCCCAUGGCGACCAUUCUGGAACUGCCUGAGACCACCACGUCUGGGCCAGCUGACUCGUCGGAUGACGACUUCGUGGGGCCUUCUGGUGUUCUGAUGCCGAAUGCCUCUUCCACUCCUAUGGUGGUGCCGGCGCCCCCUCCCGUCAAACGACGGAGUGAGGGGAAGCAGCCUCGGCGCACCAGGAGGGCGAGGCAGGCUAAGGGCAGAGUAAGUGGGCAAGGGCAGGGGGGGCGGACGGGGGCCUCCUCUAAUGUUGUUGUUUCGCCCGUUGCUCCAUCCCAGACUCUUGCCGUCGCCUCGCGGCGCGAGGGGCUUUCGUCGGCAUCCGGCGAGGAAGCCCUCCCAGUGCCGGCUAGAGCGUCGAGUGGCGGAAAACGUCGUCACAAAAGUCGUUCCAGGAGGCGGGCAAAGAGGCGCAAGGACGAUACCUCGGCUUCGACCACCUCAGGGCUCGCGGACGUGCACAUAUGGAUGGUGGGACAUUCCAUAGUCCAUUGGGCAGGCCUUCGCGCUGGCCAAACGCCAUUGGGUCCUCGACUUGGCCUUCCAUCCAACAUCCAAGUGACCUGGAUGGGCAAGAGGGGCAUGCGCUGGGGGGAGCUUCUCCCUUUGCUGCGGCGCAAAGCCCUCUUGCUCGGGUGCCCGUCCGCCCUGGUGAUCCAGCUGGGAGAAAAUGACAUCCCCGCUGUGGACCCGUUAUCUCUUCGCCUGGCUAUCCUACGAGAUUUGUUGGAGAUAAGGACUUGGUUCCCUGAUACCGUCGUUUUUUGGUCCCAAAUGUUGCAGAGGAUGCAAUGGCGGGGUGAUAUUCCUCCUCUGGCUGGGGAAAGAGCUAGGAAGAGGGUUAACAGCGCAGCAUCCAAACGGGUGUACGAAAUCGGGGGGAGUUUGAUUCGUCAUCCCGUAAUUAAUGUUAGAGCCCCGCUUUUAUAUCGGGAUGAUGGGGUUCACUUAUCCCCUGAUGGGUAUGAUAUUUGGCUGCGUGAUGUGUCUGAGGGUUUAAAAAGUUGGUUAGGUCUCUGAGUGUUGGCGGCAAGCCAGGGCUGGCUUGAUUGGCGGUUAGGCUUUUGGUUGGUUAAUCGGUUGGUAGAGGGGGUGGCACACGGAUGCCUACCCUCACCUCCGUUUGCUCCAUAUAGAAGUAUUCCGUUAAAGGAAUCUCAGGGCUUACACUCUUGUCCUUACCAUCCCGCCAUUGGCGGGAAUGGUGGGCCCAAUUUUAAGAGCAAGAGCCUUGAGGAACAUUCUUGGUGAAGGUGAGGAGGGAAUGACUGGGCGCAGCCACCUCCUCACUCCCAGGUAUGUUUACUUGACUUCCAUGCGGAAGUCGGAGCAGGAACUGUCCAAGCGGACAGUGGUGAGUCCUGUCCUAUGGUGACAGCUGAUGUGAGUCCUGCCACGUGGGCAGAUGAGGUGAGUCCUGUCCAAUGGUGACAGCUGAUGUGAGUCCUGCCACGUGGGGCAGAUGAGGUGAGUCCUGUCCUAAGGGGACAGCUGAUUGAGUCCUGUCCUGGAUGGACAGAUGGGGAUAGUCCUUCUUUAGGAAGGACGAGUGAAUAACCAAAAGCCUAAGCCAACACUCGGAUUAAAAUUGUGUAUUUAAUAAAGUUGUGGCCCUAAAUUAUUUGCCAAAAACCAAACCAUAAUUCUGUUGUCAGUUGUGAGUUAUUUAAGGUAAUUUUCUGGGAAGCCUCGACACACAAAGCGCUUUAUAUCAUCUAAUAUAAAGCGGAUUGUGGUAGGGCUGUUAAGAAAUUUAGCUUAGGGUUUGGUUUGUGUAAGGCCACAGCUCAUGCUGAGUAAUGGGGGGCGUGUGUAUGCAAAUUCCUUGGAUCUGAUUGGUUGUUGGGGCCCCUCUUAAAGCUGCGUCCACCAUUUUCUGGUCACAUUUUUGCCUGGCGUUUGAACCCCUCCCACCCGCCCUUUCUUUCUUGCAGGUUAGCACGACAUUGCUAUUGCCUUCGGGGCCGCCUGUAUUCAGGGGUCAGUAGGAAUUUUUCCAAUUGGCUGAUUGGCUGUGCCUCUUGGUUUUCGCCUACUGCGCUAGCAAAUUGUCACAACUUGUUAGGUUGGCGGUUAGGCUUUUGGUUGGUUAAUCGGUUGGUAGAGGGGGUGGCACACGGAUGCCUACCCUCACCUCCGUUUGCUCCAUAUAGAAGUAUUCCGUUAAAGGAAUCUCAGGGCUUACACUCUUGUCCUUACCAUCCCGCCAUUGGCGGGAAUGGUGGGCCCAAUUUUAAGAGCAAGAGCCUUGAGGAACAUUCUUGGUGAAGGUGAGGAGGGAAUGACUGGGCGCAGCCACCUCCUCACUCCCAGGUAUGUUUACUUGACUUCCAUGCGGAAGUCGGAGCAGGAACUGUCCAAGCGGACAGUGGUGAGUCCUGUCCUAUGGUGACAGCUGAUGUGAGUCCUGCCACGUGGGCAGAUGAGGUGAGUCCUGUCCAAUGGUGACAGCUGAUGUGAGUCCUGCCACGUGGGGCAGAUGAGGUGAGUCCUGUCCUAAGGGGACAGCUGAUUGAGUCCUGUCCUGGAUGGACAGAUGGGGAUAGUCCUUCUUUAGGAAGGACGAGUGAAUAACCAAAAGCCUAAGCCAACACUCGGAUUAAAAUUGUGUAUUUAAUAAAGUUGUGGCCCUAAAUUAUUUGCCAAAAACCAAACCAUAAUUCUGUUGUCAGUUGUGAGUUAUUUAAGGUAAUUUUCUGGGAAGCCUCGACACACAAUAAAU